AUGACACCCCCCGGUCGCGCCCACCCGCGCCGCGCUCCUGCGCAGCCUCUGGACAAGUCCAACGUGCUCAUCCUGGGGCCCUCGGGCUGCGGCAAGACGCUGCUGGCGCGGACGCUGGCGCGGCUGGUCGACGUGCCCUUCGCCAUGGCCGACGCCACGACGCUGACGCAGGCGGGGUACGUGGGCGAGGACGUGGAGAGCAUCCUGCACAAGCUGUACCAGGCGUCGGGGUUCGACGUGGCCGCCGCCCAGACCGGCAUCGUGUACAUCGACGAGGUCGACAAGAUCACGCGGCGCGCGGAGGGGGUGACGGUGACUCGUGACGUGAGCGGGGAGGGCGUCCAGCAGGCCCUCCUCCGCAUGCUGGAGGGCAGCGUGGUCAACGUCCCGGAGAAGGGCGGGCGCAAGAACCCGCGCGGCGACACGGUGCAAAUCGACACCAGCGACGUGCUGUUCAUCUGCGGCGGCGCCUUUCGCGACCUCAUCCACUACGGCCUCAUCCCGGAGUUCGUCGGCCGCUUCCCCGUCGUCUCCGCGCUCCAGGCGCUGACCGAGGCGGAGCUGGCGCGCGUGCUCACCGAGCCGCGCUCCGCCCUCGUCCGCCAGUACGACAGGAUGCUGGCCGCCUCGGGCGCGGGGUUCGCGCGCCUGCUCCUGGAGGCCAUGUUUGACGCGCCGGAGCCGGAGGUGGACGGCGUCCUCGUGGACGCCGACGCCGACCAGGCCGUGGUGCACGUCUGCCGCGGCGCGGGCGCCCUUACCGCCGCGCUGGAGGCGCGGGGCCUGCGCGCGGGUGCCGGCGGCGUGGCGCAGCCCCUGCGCUCCGAGCACGAGCGCGACCCCGAGCCCAGGGCCGUCUUCGCCUCGUGA